AUGGGUCUCUGGAGGGAGGGAAGUAAUUUCUAUAGGGAUAGAAAGCUUAACAAGGAGGCCAUCGAGCGAUACCCUGAAACUAUUAAGGAGAAGAAGCGCCUGCUUUCUGUCUCUAAAUCUGAGGAGGAAGGGUCGGACUCUAAAUUUUCUGUGGGUGAGGAUUCUGCCAGUGAUUCGAAAAGUGAGACUGAGGAGAGCCUGGAGGACUCCAAGGUUGAAUUGGGUAAGAAAAGAAAACAAGAGAGCAAUACGUCAUCCUCUUCCAAGGGCAAGAAAAAAAUCAAAGAGAAGGUCUUCCAGAUUCACUCUUCCUCGGAGGAGGAGGUCUCUGAGGACUUUGAAAAGGAUGACUCUUCAUCCCCUCAGAAGAAGAAACCUAAAUAUUCUUAUCAGAAAAGGAAAAAGCAGAAAAGGCAAGGCAAUUCUAAGCUGAAGAUGGAGGACAAAGAGCAGAGAAAGGAUUCAGAUGCGAACCAAAACAUUGAGAAGGAGAUCACGGGGGAUGGUUUCAACCAGAGUGUUGGUGGUGAUGCCGAACAGAAUAUCGCUGGUGAAGACACCAAAACUGAUCAGGCCAAGGUUGGUGAAAAAAUCCCCGCUUCUAACUCUUCUAUUGAGGGUUUAGGUGUUUGUAAACACCCUCGACUGGCUCAUAAAUAG